UGCAGAGAGUGUGGUAAAAGCUUCAAGACAAGCAAGUAUCUUACUAAACAUAAAAGCAUCCACAUGGGGGGGGGAACUCUAUCAUGGAGUGUGGAAAGAACUUCAGGUUGCAGCAUUAAGUUACUUUACAUAACUGGAUCCACACAGGGCAGAAGCCAUAUAAAUGCACGGAAUGUGGAAAGAGUUUUUCUUAUCCCAGUGAACUUACUAAACAUGAAAUAAUCCACACAAAGGAGAAGCCAUAUAAAUGCACAAUGUGUAGUAAGAGCUUCAAGACAAGUAGGUAUCUUACUAUCCAUGAAAGAAUCCACACGGGGGAAAAACUCCACCAAUGUAUGGAGUGUGGAAAGAGCUUUAGUUUGCGGCAACAUCUUAGUUUACAUAUAUGGAUCCACACAGGGCAGAAUCCACAUAAAUGCAUGGAGUGUGGAAAGACCUUUGCUCAGAGCAGUUCUCUUAGUUUACAUAAAUGGAUCCACACAAGGGAGAAACUGUAGAAAUGCAUGGAGUGUGGGAAGAUCUUUGCUUGUCCCAGUCAACUUACUAGGCAUGAAAUAAUCCACACAAAGGAGAAGCCAUAUAAAUGCACAGUGUGUGAUAAAAGCUUCAGAGGGAGAGUGUCAAGGAUGAAUGCAGCUGUGCAUUUCAACUUGCCUUUAGAUAAAGGGUGUUACUUUCAAGUGGGUAGAUGGAGAAAUGAAACUUCUUUGAUUCAGCUGCAGACCGUGAGAGCUUGAAGCCUUGUCAAGAACACCAGAACAGGUGUGGAUUUCAAGCAGACAAUUCCCAUAACAAAGUGGACUUGUUGAUACGGAUUACGUAAGACAUUGGGGGUUUGGCUGUGAAAACUACUGUUUAAUGAAUUGGUGUUGGAACCACAGAAUUAGUUUUUCUUUGACAUAACCAAGCGGUGUAUUCAAUAAACAGUAAGCUUUUCAGAAACGAAAGGAACCUGGAGCUUUAUUUGGAUUCUCAAUCUGGAUGUUGAGAGUUUCCUUCUCAUAAAGGUGAGAAGGCCCAUAAAUGCACAGGCCUUUCUCCCGUGAAGAUGCCAAAAUCUGCUUUGUUUUGGAGUGAGAAGAGCCUGACUGAAGCUAACAUGCAUUGUAUUACAUUACCCUGUAACCUUAGAUUAAAUCAAUUAAACAUACU